AUGAUGGCCAGACUUUGGAAGGCACCAUGGCUCCUGUUAGUCAUUCUGGUGGCCCUUGUGGCCUUCAGCUAUCAAGAAAAGAGGAAGACAUUUGUAAGUGUCCACGAAGUAAAUGCAAUAGAAGUUUCUGUCCCAGGCACAUUGAAGUAUGUCACAGAAACAUACAACAAAGAAAGUGGUGACUUGUACAACUUCAGGAUCAUCCGCAUCCUGAAGAUUGAGAAGCAGAUAACAGACCACAUGGAGUUACACAUCAGAGUGGAGAUGCAGAGGACCACCUGCUUCAAGACAGAGACAAGCACCUGUGAUGUCCAGAGAGGGGAACUUUACAAGCAAAUCCAGUGCUACUUCUCAGUGUAUGCCAUACCCGAGUUUGAAAGAUACAAAAUUCUCAAGAAAAACUGUACUGAUAGCUGA